CCGCCCCCUUCACAAUCACCAAUGAGUCAUCAGCCGUCCUUUCCCCUGCGCGAGGUACGCGCUCUCCGCUCAGCCCGAUGUACAGUAUAGGAGAGCUGUACUGAGAGAGCUGGAGAGAGGAUUCAGUUUUCUCCUCCCUCCAGCCUGCAGGUGGCAAUAGAGAGCGCCGCUGUGCAGUGAGGAAAGGCAUUUCUCCUUCAGUCUUUAUAUCCUUGUCACAUGACUGGAGGGAGGAAGAAGAUGUUCCACACACCGCGUGUCCGUCUCUUCCCUAAAAUGGCAUCUGCAGCACAUAGGAGAAGCGAUCCUGACAUUGAUCCAUCAUGGUACACUGGCCGUGGAAUCCGUCCUGUAGGAAGGUUUGGUAGGAGGGGCACAGCAUGGGAAGAUGCUCAGAAGUUUGUGUACAGACCCUUGGGACACACUUGUAUUCCAAUAGAUGACAGCUUGGAGCUUAGUGACGACAAUUAAAACUUAAUUGAGUGAUUGAAAGCGUUAUAGCCUAAUGUACUGUAUAUAUAAGGGAGGCGCACAAUCCUUUAUACCCUUGUUUUUUUGUUUUUUUUCAAAACUCUACCAGUGUGUGAAAAGCUUGGCUCAGAAAUGUAUGCAUCACACAAUGAGCAGCCAGAUUUAAUGAGAAGUGAGUAAAGGUUAUAUGUUUUUUAUUAAGUUA